GAAUGGUGGUCGCUCGUCCACUUCGAGCACAUAGCAARGAACAAGCUUUGAAAAUUACACUAAAGAGAAAAUCGCAGUAAUGGCUAAAGUCUCCUAUGAUCAUUCUGGAAGCUACCGCAAACAGUCAGGAAGCUCUUACAGGAGUUACAGCUCCARUAGAGAAGUGACCGAAACAACUGAAUUCCACUCGGAUACCAGCCGAUACAARCAGUCGACRAAGUACCGAGACUUUGAUGACAUUGCUUUAAAAGAUAAUCAUUCUAGAAGUAGCUCUCGUCGUGAAUCGGAGAGCAGAGAAAACAGGGGUUAYAGAGGAAGAGAAAGGGAUGAGUAUCCUCCGUACAGGACGAGACAAAGCUUCACUGAAGAAAAUGUCCAAUUGAUACAACCUGGUCGCGGAAAACCGCGUACUGCCUCGUCACUCGGCGAAACUGACAGCGUCCGCACUACGGCUUCUAGGAUUCCAAUGGGUUUAGAAAUUUUGCAAAACGUUGAUACAUUUGUCAUUCGGCAGAAUGCCGACUCUAAAGCUACUUGGUGGGAUAUCGCACGGUUCCAAGUGGAUGACGGACGAGGGAAACGAAUUUUCGAGGUAAAACAAGAAAAAGCUGACAAUAAUUGCGUCCAAGCGGUAUGCGGUAAAAUGCGUGAGUAUUUCAUGAAGGUGUACGUUGGGAAUCAAUGGGUCAUGGAAUUCGAGCAUCCGUGGUCUUUUCUAUCUCCAAUAUUUUGUCCUUGGGCGUCGCCCUCCUUGAUUACUAGAAUGCCAACCGGAGAGGUCUUAGGAGAAGUGCGAAAUGCUUCCCGUGAAACAUGUGCAACGUGUCUGCCACCGACGAAAUAUUUUGAGAUCGUAAACUACGAAGGUUGCAUUAACCAUGCUGUAACAGGACCUACUUGCUACCCUUUUGAAUGUUCAAGCGGGGAUUCGGCUGUUUUUGAGCUGCUAAAAGUUGACAGACAGUCUGAGAAAACCCUGCGUAUUGGCCAGAUCAACCAUGUAUGGAGAGGUAUUUGUGGAGGGAUUUCAAACUGCUGUGUCACAGAAGAUUUAGAAACUGUUUCUAUUACUUUCCCAAAAGAAUGUGAAAUAGACGAAAAGGCACUCUUUCUUGCUCUKGGAUUUCUUGUCCUCUUUACAUUCUUUGAUUUCAAGUAGAAAAAGCAAAGAUGGGACAAUUUUCUUACAAUUUUUAAUCAAUAUAUUUUUAUAACAAUCGCGAAACUACGUAGUAAGCAAUUAUGUAACACAUUUUUAUAUUGUGUUAUGUCAUUAUUGCGUCGUUCAUGACUGCAUGUGUGCAUAUCUUGAAUAUCUUUUGCAAUAAUCAAUAGAUGUGUCUGACAUCAAAAGGGAACAAUAACAUUUAUCCUGUUAUCCUAUUGUAAAUGAGGAUUAGUUCUCAUCAAAAAUUAAAGUGACUCAAAGGUC